AUGGCAGAUGAUAAGUUCGUCGGCCUCGCAAAGUCGGACUCAGCUGGGAUCAAAAAGGACACCAUCUCGAGCGAUAGAAACAGCAACGAUGUCGAAAGCCAUGCGGCCGUCUCUGAGGACAUUAUUGAUCCUAUCGCCGAAAAGGCACUCUGCCGCAAAUUCGAUCUCCGUCUGCUACCGGUUCUGGCUGUAAUGUAUUUAUUCAAUGCCCUUGAUAAAGGCAACCUGGGAAAUGCGCAGACCGCCGGGUUAUCCAAAGACCUAAACUUCAAACCGGGACAGUAUAACCAGAUCGUCGGGAUAUUCUUCGUCCCCUACGUCCUAUUCGCACCACCAGUAGCCAUGCUAGGCAAGAAAUACGGUCCAGCCCGCGUCCUCCCCAUUCUAAUGUUUUGCUUCGGCACUCUCACGCUUCUUACCGCGGCGGCGAAAAACUUUAGCGGUGUAUUUGCUCUGCGAUGGUUUCUGGGCAUGUCCGAGUCGGCAUUCUUCCCGCUUGUCAUCUACUACCUAACGACUUUCUACCGACGCGGUGAACUCGCGAGUCGUCUUGCUAUCUUCUACGCUGCCUCUAAUAUCGCCAAUGCUUUUAGCGGGUUACUUGCUUUCGGUGUCUUCCAGAUCAAAUCAACGCUCGUAGAUCACCCCUGGCGGUGGCUUUUCAUCGUCGAAGGUAGUGUUACGGUGUGCUUUUCGAUAUUUACCUUCUUCUAUUUGCCCCGUUCUGCCGCCGAGGCCCGGUUUUUGAACGAGGAGCAGAAAGCGCUAGCGUACCGCCGUAUACAGAUGGACAGUUCUUCUAUCGUUAAUGAGAAGUUCGUCCUGAGAGAGUCUCUAAAGAUAUUUAAGAGACCGACGACCUACGGCUUCCUGAUCAUUGAGAUAUGUCUCGGUGUACCUCUACAGGCAGUAUCUCUAUUCUUGCCCCAGAUCGUCCAGAGAUUGGUCAGCGAUACAGUUACGAUCAACCUGUAUACCGUUGCGCCUAAUGUCACAGGCGCUGUUAUGUUAUUAAUACUGGCCUUUACAUCUGAUGGCUUGCGAAUCCGGUUCCCUUUCGUAUGCCUCGGCUUCGCGUUUACGUUUAUCGGGUUUGUUAUAUACGCUUCGAUAACAGACGUUCAUGCGCAGAUACGAGUGGCCUACUUCGCAACAUUCAUGAUGUGCUGGGGAACCUCUGCACCGUCCGUAUUGCUAAGCACUUGGUAUAAUAACAAUGUGGCGCACGAGGGUGAACGUCUAACGUUGACCUCGGUUGGAGUCCCCUUGGCGAAUCUUAUGGGGAUAGUAUCCAGCAAUGUAUUCCAGGAGAAAGAUGCACCCAAGUACUUGCCUGCCCUAAUCACCACCGCGUCUUUUGGUGCUACUGGGUGUCUUGUUGCAGGAUGCCUGGGUCUUUACAUGCUGUGGGAUAAUAACAAUCGCAACCGCCGACAGGGCGUGAAUCUCACUGCGAAGGAUGUAUCAACGUUGCAGCUGAGAGAUGGUCCUAAAGUUCCGGAGUUUAGAUGGUUCUUGUAA